AUGCCUUCCGUCGUGAAGUCAACAAGAGCACAUUGCAAAGCUGCGCCUCUUCUUCCCUUUGAAGAGUUAGUUAAUGAAGCUUUGCUGCAUGUUACCAGCAGGAGAAAGGCUCCGCCCAGAAAGAGAAGUUUACAAAUGGAGAAUAAUGAAUUGGCAGAAUUGCAAACCGAAUAUGAAAAUUUGCUGUCAAAGUUUGAAACUCACAGAACAAUGAGUGAUAUUAAAAUUGACUACUUAACGAGGAUGCUUGCCGAGGCUGAUCUGUAUGUGGAUGGGAAAUAUAAAGACAGUACUACACGAAGUACAAAUGAUAUAUCUCUUCCAGAUGAAAAUAAAAGUUUGAGGGAGUCGGAUGCUAUUCUUGUGAUCAAGCAACUUCAAGAGAAGGUUUACCUCUCUAUUGCUUUACUUUCCUAUGUUUUCUUAGAACACUUUUCGAUAAGCUUAAAAGUUACCUUUCUAGAGGAUAAGCUUAGCCAAAGAUGCUCUUAG